UUCUAUGUUGUGGGUGCGUGCAUUUGUGUUGUCCGGUGUUUGAAGACGCUUUGGAAUUCGCUUUCAAUUUCUUCGUAGGAAAAAUGUCGGGUGAUACCGAUAAAGCGAAAAUCAGUGAUAAUCAGGAUGAAGACAAGAAAUCCGGAGCAGGGGAUGGGCAUACAACCGAAGACGAGUCCUCACAGGACUCUAAGGGUGAGUCCCUGGCGACAGAGCCGGAGGCCCAAGGUAAACCCGAUGUAGAUCAACCUAAAACUGACGAGGCACCGCCAGAGUCUGAAGGCGACGCCAAAGCCACCGCAAAUGGCAAGAGCGAUGACGCGGCCACAGAUGACAAAGACGAGAAGGACGAAAAGGCAGACAGUGAUGUCAAAAAGGAGGAAAAUGGUGAGACGCACGAUGAUGGAGACAAGGAAGACGAUGUAAAGGAAAACGACAAAGCUGCCAAGAAGCCGCUUCCUAAGAAAAAGCCUAAGAAGGAGGACACAGAAGACGAGGAGGAUGAAGAAGAGGAGGAGGAGGAGGAAGAAGAAGGGGAGGACGGCGAGGAAGAAGACGAGAAGGACGCCAAGAAGCCUAAUGAGAAGGUAAAGAAACCAGUUAAGAAGGCAAAGGAGGACGAUGAAGAAGGCGACGAAGAAGAGGGAGAAGAAGAAGGCGAGGAGGAGGAGGAAGAAGAGGAAGAGGAGGAGGCGCCUAAACCUAAGCCUAAGAAAGAGCCCACAGAGCCACCGGUGCCUCUCCCGGCCGGCAAGGGUAUACCUCUAGGCCACAUUGGAAACGUCGAGAUCUCACUAUCCCGGUUCAAGACUCAGGAUCAGAAACUGUUACAUCAGUAUUUGUAUGGUCAACUAUGUCUGGACCGUAAUGUGAAACGGAACAUAAAGAAGUUCAAAGGGUAUGAAUGGGCCAUUGGCUCCUCGGACUACAAGGCCAAGUUGGAGGAGACCAGCAAGAUGGAGAUGAAGCAGCUGAGGACUAUGUGUGAGAUGCUGGACCUUGAAAAAAAGGGCGGCGCCCCCGAGCUGGCGGCGCGGCUGGUGGGCUUCCUGCAGCAGCCCAGCGCCAACUCGCCGCACGCGCGCGGCUCGGCGCGCAGCGCGCCCGCCACGCCCUCCGCCGGCGGCCGCCCGCGCCGCUCCGCCGCCGUCAAGGUGCACAACAGAGGUUAUUCGGACGAGGAAUACGAAAGUGAUCCAGAAACAAAAGUAAAAGGACCUAAACUGCCUAAAGAUGGUUCAGAAGACUCUGACGGUUCGUUCAACCCGAGCGGGUCGGAGGAGGCCGACUCGGACUUCGACCCCGAGGGCGGCGAGGGCGGCAGCGGCGGCGGCGCGCGCAAGCGCAAGGCGGCCGGCCGCCGGCGCUCCGCCGGGAAGCCGGCCCGCAAGGGCCGCAAGCCCAAGGGGAAGAAGGGCAAGAGUGCAAGCAAAGGUCGCGGCAAGCGAGCGAAGUCGGAGAGCGAAGAAAGCGAAAAAUCGGAAAGUGAAAGCGAGCAGGAGUCUGGUAGCGAGGGAGAGGACUCUGAUGAGCCGAAAUCUAAGCGCGGUCGCGUGGCGCCGAAGGGCCGCAAGCCGGCCGCGAAGCCCGCCGCCAACGCCAAGGCCACGCCCGCCAAGCGGAAACCGCCCACGCCGCCCGCCAAAAAGAAGCCAGCAGGCAAGCCUGUAGGUCGGCCAGCUAAGAAAGGAGGGAAGAAGGCCUCCUCCGAGGAGGAAUCAGGGGAGGGCAGCGAGGAGGAGGACGAGGAAGGUAGUGAGGAGGAGAGCGGAGAGGACUCUGACGCCCCCGCAGACAAGAAGGCGAAGCGGCCGCCCACGGACGAUGAGAUCAAGAAAUACGUGAAGGAGAUACUGGAAGGCGCCAACCUCGAACAGAUCACGAUGAAAACCGUGUGCAAACAGGUGUACAGCCACUACCCGGACUUCGACCUCGCGCACAAGAAGGACUUCAUCAAGGCCACAGUCAAGUCGUGUAUUUAAGUUAGGAGUUAAGGCGAAGUGUAGAUGUCAACAUAGUAAUAGUUUAUAAAAAAGGACAUAGUUAUAUAUUAUUACAAUAAUAAUAUAUUGAGAGUUUUCACGUGAAAUGGAAUAUACACCUGCUUUUCCUUACAAGCUCAUAUCAUCGUGAGCGGUGACUCGGCCGCAAAACAUUCAUAGUCAAGUAAGCCACGCAUCUUAAACUCUAGACUAAUGUGCCGACCCGGCGCCGCUCGGCUUUUACAAACAUUUCAUAUUAUCAUUAACUAUGUCGCUUGAUUGCGAUAUUUUUGACAACGAUGAUAAUUUAAGUAUUGUUUGUGAAUAUGAUAAUUUAUGUUAAAGUGUUUACUAGAUUUAAAGGCAUGUCUAUGUGUAAAAAAGGCAAUAUUGCAGUCAUGGUUUGCUAAAUAAAAAAAUAAAGUUUCAAAAAUGUUAUAUACCUUUGUGUUAUCUUGCAUUUGAUAUUAAUGGCCAAUUGCAACAUUUCGUGUAUGAAAACACGAAAAAGCGCUGUUGAGUAGUAACACCACUGCCAUGCCAUGUUUUUGCUCUGCCUUGAAAAAAGUAACAAAAUAAUGGCACUUUGUACGCGUUCGCUAUUGAGUUGUUAGAAACAUCGCAAUUAUUGGUCCAUAGUUCGUAUUAUUGUUGUGAAGUCGACGCGUCGCGGUGAGGAUUGUAAUUUUAUGUUGUAGGAAUAAUUCCCUUAGUAUAAGUGUAAUCCGAUUUACAGUAGGGCUAUAAGAGCAGUUAUUUUUCACGUGCCUACAAAGAGGGUCUCUAGUGGUUAUAACAAUUCCUUUGUUUCUUUACCUUCGUCUUGAACGCGUUGAGUGCACCAAAAUUGUGUAACGUAAUUUUUUACAAUUAUUUUUUUCUUACCUAGCAGUCGGGACCACAUUAUUUUAUGCACUCAAUGCGCGGGCGAAAUCAGUCCUAAUGUAUACUAAUGUUUUAUUUUUCAAACUUUAAAUUUGUAUAAAUUGGUAGCUAUUUCGAUAGUCACCUAAAGGAAAUUGUUCAAAUGUUUGGAUAAGCUUAUUUUAUGACACUUGAAAGUGUUCUCAUUCAAUUCAGGCACUAUCGCAGAGUAAUGCUAAUCGGUUAAGGAUGAUAAGUGUUAAGUUGUGUAAAUAUACCCAGGACUUGCUUAAUGGGGCUAUGUUUGUAUUUUGUGGGCUGCGUAUUGGUUCCGGUUUGGCGGUAUUGUGUCAUGUUUAUUGAAAA